AUGGAUUUUCUUGAUAAUCAAGCCGAAGAAUCCGACGGAUAUUCAUCAUCAAAUGAUGAUCAGCCAAAACCAAAAAAGCAAAAAUUUGAAAAGGGAAAGCACAAGGGAAAGAAGUCUAAACGCAUACAGCAGAGUAGUGAUGAAGAUGAGUAUGAUGAUGAAGAAGAAGAUGAAGAAAUGAAACAGUUCAUUGCAGAUGAAGAUGAAGAAGAGGAGAAAGAUGACGAUAAGUCAGAAAAGUCAGGAAAUGCUAGUGAAGAAGAUUUGGAUGAAGAAGAUUUCGAAUUGAUUGAUGAAAAUCUAGAUCGGCCUCGCGAGAUCACAGUCCAUAACGUACAUUACUCAGAUUCUGAUGAAGAUGAUGAUCAGAAGAAAAUCCAAAAUUCUCUCUUCGGUAAAUAUGCUGAUGAUCAACCGAGUAGUCAUCGCGAAGAAGAGAGGUACGCCGAGCAGUAUUCGGAUUCUGAACAGAGUGAGAAUGAUUUUAUUGUUAAUGAAUAUGACGGCAAGCCCGUACACUCUCGUAAUAAGCGAAGAGAUUUGAACUUACCGGAGGGAGCUUUGGAUGAAGCUCGUGAAAUUUUCGGCGUCGAAGAUUUUAAUCUAGACGACUUUUAUGACGAAGAUGAGGAGCAAUUAGAUGAUGAGGAAGAUGAAAUAGUUGAUGAAGAAGGAGAAGGCGUACGAAGAAUUCGUAAAGAGAUCAAAAAAAGCACACUUCUCGAUACUCUGGAACCUGCUGAAUUAGAAAGAGGUUAUUUGGCUCCACGGGACAAGAAAAUUCAAUUAGAAGAUAAACCUGAAAGGUUCCAAAUUCGAAAAACUCCCGUCACAGAAGUUUCUGAAAGUGAAGCUGAACUAGAAGCAAAAUGGAUUUUCCGUUAUGCCUUCAGUGAUGACGAUGCUUUGUCUCGUCAGGAUUCGAGACUUCCGGCUUAUUUGAAAGAUAUCAGUGAGAUGGAUCGUGCUGAACGUGAAGAGAAAGCCAUAUCAGUCAUCAAAGAAAUUCUCAAGUUUAUCCGUAAUCAGUUAUUCGAGGUUCCAUUUAUUGCUUAUUAUCGUAAAGAAAUUGUUGGACAAGUUUUCGAAACUAAAGAUCUCUGGCGUAUUUAUGAGUUCGAUGAGAAGUGGUGCCAUUUAAGGAAUCGAAAGGACAAGUUAAUGGAGCUGAUGAAAAGGAUGCAAGCUUAUUUAUUAGAUGGAGAGCCUUUGUCCAGAAGACAACUUACAGAAUCUGAUAUUAGCGAAGUUUAUUGUGUAGACACAGCGGAAGCCCUUGCCGAUGUUUAUACGAAAUUCCAGCUAUAUUACGGUCCUGAUAUUGCUCGAAUGCAAGAAUGGGAAAGAUCUAGAGUGAGCGAAGGAGACGAAACAGCAGCCUUAGCUACUAGAUUCAAGCAAUGCUUACGUAGUGAUAAAUACCAAUUGUGUGUUGAGUGUGGAAUCGGUGAUAUGGUUUCUCGCUUCGGUUUGACUGCUCAUCAGUUCGCCGAGAAUUUGGAUUGGAAGAAACACGACGUACAACAAGAUCCAAUUCCGGUGAUGAAAGCCGCAGAAGAUUACAUCACCAAUGCUUUCCCCUCUGUGGAUGAUGUUGUCAAUGGUGCCGUUUAUAUGAUGGCGAAGGAGAUUAGUUGUGAGCCUAUGGUUCGCAACCAAGUUAGGAGAAUGUAUCGCAGUCGAGUUAAGAUGAGUGCCCGACCUACAAAACAAGGUAGAGAGCAAAUGGAUGAUACUCAUCCUCUAUGGCACCAAAGAUAUCUCAAAGAUAAGGAUAUUCGGGAGUUGGAAAACGAGGAUUUCAUGUACUUCAAGCAGAUGAAAGAUCAGGGAAACAUGUUGUUCACAGUUUCCUGCGAUUCCAAUUAUGAGAGAGAAACUAGCACCACGUUAGUGGAUCGAAUCCUAGCCGAUGGUCCUUUCAAAAAGGACGAGUACAGUGAGUUGGUGGAAGGUUGGAAUGAAGUAAGAGAAAGAGCAGUCAAGAUGGCACUCAAUCAAUUGCUCAUUCCAUAUUUCGAGAAAGAACUCUGUGAUAGACUAUUGGAAGAAGCAAAGAAGAGUGUUGUCACAAAAUGUGCGAAAAAAAUUGCUGAAUGCAUAGAUCAUGCUCCUUUCAAACCUGAUGAUGAUUUUGGAGAGGACGAAGAGGAAUUCAGCAGACUUGCUGAUACCAGGGUCAUGGCGAUUACUUACCCAACAGAUCCAAACGAGGCUGCGUUCGGUGCAUUGAUUGAUCGAAAUGGAAGUGUGAUGGAUUAUGUUAGACUUGUUAAUUUCACUCAGAGAAAUCCACCAAACUUCACUCCAGAGAAGAAGAUGGCACGUUUGGAAAGUCUCAAGAAAUUCAUUGAGCGUAAGAGACCUCAUAUUAUUGCCAUCGCCGCUGAGAAUAUGGAUGCUAUGCGUCUUCAACGAGAUGUCGAAGACGUCCUGCGCACGCUAAUGGAAAAUGAUACCAUUUCACGAAAGCCCAAUGUUGCAAUCAUGAACAAUGAAGUUGCCAAAGUGUACAUGAACUCAAGACAAGCUAUGACGGAACAUGUUGACUAUCCUCCUCUUUUGAGACAAGCCGUUUCAUUAGCGCGGUAUGUGAUGGACCCCCUUGUUGAAAUAAGUCAUCUCUUCAACCAUGAGGAAGACAUCAUGUGCCUUGCGUUACAUCCUCUUCAGAAGGAAAUCAACAAGGAUGAUCUAAUGUUGUCUUUACAACAUGAACUUAUAACUGUGGUUAAUCAUGUUGGAGUAGACGUUAAUAAGUGUAUCGAGUAUAAUCAUGCUUCUUAUGUUAUGCAGUUCAUAUCCGGGCUCGGACCUAGAAAAUCCGGCGCUCUUCUUAAAAUUAUCAAACAACACGACGGAUUAUUAGAAAGUCGUACUAAACUUGUUACAUUAUGUAAAAUGGGUCCAAAAGUAUUUAUGAAUUCCUCGGGUUUCCUGAAAAUUGAUACGGAGAAGGUUGCUGAACGAACCGAUGGCUAUGUUGAAGUCUUGGAUGGCUCAAGAGUUCAUCCAGAAACGUAUGAAUGGGCGAGAAAAAUGGCUGUCGAUGCCAUUGAAGCCGAUGAUAAUACCGAUCCCACUGCUGCGUUGGAAGAGAUUCUACAAACUCCAGAUAGAUUGAGAGAUCUUGAUCUGGAUGCUUUCGCAGAAGAGUUGAAAAGACAAGGCUUUGGAGAGAAAAAAGACACACUCUACGAUAUCGCGGCCGAGCUCAAUCAACGUUACAAAGACAAUAGGCCUGUGUUCUUCCCUCCCUCUCAAGAAGAAUUAUUCAGUUUAUUAUGUAACACAAAGUAUUUCUCCGAAGGUCGAAGGGUAUUGGGAACCGUUAUUGGAGUUCAGUACAAGAAGUUAUCAGAAGAAGAAAGAAUGGACGAGUCCCAUAAUAGAAACUCAGCUAAUAUGUUAGUUUGUAAACAUUGCCAUACCUCAUUCCACGAGAUGAAAGAAUUGUGGACCCAUACCUCAAAUAAAGAUACUCGUUUCGGCGGUUGCCCAGGUGUACCCGCUGGCGUUAAAAUUCGUUUAGAAAACGAUGUUCUCGGUUUCAUUCCAAACAAGAUGCUCAGUGAUAAUCCCGAAUCAUUCAAAAAUCCUCUCGAAAAAGUUCAAAAAAAUGGUCUCGUCUGGUGUAGAAUAAUGAGUGUUGAUUCCUCAAAAAUGUCGUGUUUAUUGUCCAGUAGGACAUCUGAUCUUAAUAAAGACAUGAACGAAUCUAAAGACCAAUAUUGGGAUGGCGAUGCAGAACAAGACGACAUACAACAAGAUGACCUCCUGAAGCAGCAAAUGAAGAAGCAACGAGAAACCAAAUGGGUAAAACGUGUUAUCCAACACCCUAACUUCUAUAAUAUAACGUUUGCUGAUGCUGAACGAUUGUUGAGUAAAAUGGAACAAGGAGAUGUCGUGAUUCGACCAUCGUCGAAGGGUACUGAUCGUCUAACGAUCACUUGGAAGGUGGCUGAAGGAGUUUUACAAAACAUCGAUGUUUUCGAAGAGGAGAAGGAACAACCUUUCACUCUUGGAAAGAAACUUUACAUUGACACCAGAGAAAGGCGCGAAGAAUUUGAAGAUCUCAAUGAAAUUUUGGCCAGAUGGAUUCAACCAAUGGCUGCGAACGCUAGAGAAAUAAUCCAGCAUAAGUGCUUCAUUGAUAACAUCUAUGGUGAUAAUAUGGAUGCCAUAGUAAAGCACUUGAACGAAGAGAAGAGAAAAGCUCCAUCUCGUUUCCCAUAUGCUUUCACCCCAGCAGUUAAUGAAUGGGCAGGAAAGUUCGUUCUAUCCUAUCUCACCGGCAGAGCAAAGCAUGAAUACAUUACGGUUACACCUGAAGGCUUACGAUUCCGGUACAUCAUGUUCGAAUCUCUCAACAGGCUAUUAGCAUGGUUUAAAGUGCAUUAUAGAGAUAAUCCAGCUAUGAGUCAGCAAAAACAUUCACUUCAACGGAGAUAG